AUGAGUCUUUUAAAGAUACCAUUGACUAAACCAAGCUCGGUCGCACAAGGUGUGUCCAUGUGGGAAUGGUCUGGCUCUGCGUUUGAUGAAGGAGAAGAGGCUGCUAAAUGGUUUUCAGAUUAUCUUGAAAAACAAAGCCGUUUGGUUCGGUUUAAUAAAGAAACAAAAUCUAGACCUUCACUUCCCGAUUAUGCAGCUGGCUACACUACCACAUUUGCUAAUACAUUUCCAUUUAUGGUUUCCUCACAGGCUUCUCUGGACAUGCUGAAUACAAUUCUUACAGAACCUGUGCGUAUUAACCGUUUUAGACCCAACAUUCUUGUGGGGAAUUGUGUUCCUUUUGGUGAAGAUCUUUGGGAUGAGAUCAAGAUAAAUGAUUUAGUCUUCCAAGGAGUUAGGCUAUGCAGCCGCUGCAAGUUACCAACUGUGAAUCAAGAAACCGGAGUUCCCGAUGCAACUGAACCAAUUGAAACUCUGAUGAAAUUUAUAUCAGACAAAGACUUGAUGCCACACAAGAAACCGCAUGGAAAGGUUUUCUUUGGUAAGGAUAUGCAUAACCAACAACCAAGGCAAAGGCAACAAGACAAUCGAAGUUGGUGA